AUGCCGCACCCGGACGCUGUCCUCGCGCCUGAGCGCGCCCGCGCUCUGUCGUUCAACGCCUUCACCUCGCGCCCGGACCACUGGGACAUGAACAUCCUAUGCGCGCGUACUGUCCACAACACGUAUAUCGAGCAGGCGCGGCGGGGGGACAUUGUUAUGCGCACCGAGGAGUUUACGAUCACGCCUGCAUUGGUGGCCGAUCUUGAAGCGCAGCAGCGGCUGCGUGCAAGUAUUAGCGUGGAUUCGGGAUCGACGGGCAGCGAGACGGGCGGUGAAGGAGUAGAGGGAGAAGAGCAAGUUGAGCGUGGUGCAGGACGGAGGAUGAGCGAGGCAGAAGCGUUCGCGCAUAUCAAUGCGUGGAGGUACGACCCUGCCAACCCGGCUCAGACCAAUGUGUAA